AUGGAGGGAAGAGAUCCUGAUAACGCAGAAAUCGUCGAGAGAAACGGCGAAAGAGAAGAUCGUGAAUUGGUAUGGACAUCGGGGGAUGCGGAUGAGGAAAAACGACAAAAGAAAAAGAAAUCGCUUCGUGGGCUGCGGAGGGAAGUAAAAACUGAUCGCGAGCACUUUCGUUUGCAGACACACGAUGAUGCGAAGACCCCGAAUGUUAACCUGAUGUCUGCGAAUGAUGGUGGCAGCUUCAUCCAUCGACUAUGCGGAGGCGGCUCUUUUGGUCGUCUCAGGGGCGUAUUCGACCCCCCCCCCCUUAAUCAGCCCACCCUUAUGGGACGCCUUCGUUUUCAGGGAUGCGAGCGAUCGAUCGUUUCCCUUGGCUACACCUCUUCCGGUGGUCUUCGUGUCGUAGGCGCAUUCUGA